GUUAUGAUUUUAAUUUAUCAAACGUGCUAGUUUUCUAAAUUUAGAGCAAAGGUUCAGUUGUCCCUAAAUGUGUGAGAUGAAAAGUUGAUAAUGGCUGUGGAUAGUGAAAAGCCACGAAAUCCAAAAUUUAGCGACGAAAAUGUUUUAGAAACACCAACUGUUGUUGAAGUCGAAUUUGAAAAAACCGAAGCACACGAUGUGGAAUAUGAAAAGCAAGAUUCUGAGAAAGAUGACUUUUCUGUGAUACAAUUGGAGGAGGGAGAUAUUGGAGAGGAUGUCCCUGAUACCAGCGUUUCACAAAAGCAGGCUAAUACGUAUGCCGCAAAGAAAACCGUGGCUCAAGGAAUGAUGGAUAUUGCCCUGAUAACAGCCAACGCCAACCAACUUCGCUACAUAAUUGAAUUCAAUCGACACAGCUCGACGUUUUAUUUAAAUCUUAUUUUAAUUGUAAUUUCGUUAUUUCUACAAGUCGCUGUUGGAGUUUCUUUAAUAUUUAAGGGACGGCUGGAUUUACGCGGCGAAUCAAAGCAUCAAAAUGCAAAGAGAAUCAAUAACUACGUCGUCAUUGGCAUAUUUUUAGUCACGAUAAUUAACGUUUUUAUCGCCAGUUUCACGGUUACAAGCCAGGCAAAAUGAAGGAUAAAUUACAGAUUUUUUAUCAAACAUUGUGAUUUUUUUCAAUUCGUAACAGCCUGUGAACAGACUAAACCCAGUGACACAAAAUACAAAUAUUGAAAUGUUACAUUAUUGUAGUAUUAAGCUGAAUAAACACGUUUUUGUAA